GAGAGCGCGAGCGAGAGAGCCGGCGAGCGAGCGAGCCAGAGAGCGAGCGCGCACAGCAGCGGCGCAGAGACCCGACGCAUCCCUCCCGCACCCGGCACCCCGCGCGCUGCCCAGCACCCCGCCACCAUGGGGGUGGAGGGCUGCACCAAAUGCAUCAAGUACCUGCUUUUCGUCUUCAACUUCGUCUUCUGGCUGGCCGGGGGCGUGAUCCUGGGGGUGGCUCUGUGGCUGAGACAUGACCCGAAGACCACCAACCUCCUGUACCUGGAAUUGGGGGACAGAAGUGCGCCCAACACCUUCUACGUGGGCAUCUACAUUCUCAUCGCCGUCGGGGCCGUGAUGAUGGUGGUCGGCUUCCUGGGGUGCUACGGAGCCAUCCAGGAGGCUCAGUGUCUGCUAGCCACGUUCUUUGCCUGCCUGGUGAUCCUGUUCGCCUGUGAGGUGGCGGCUGGCAUCUGGGGCUUUGUCAAUAAAAACCAGAUCGCCAAAGAUAUGAAGCAGUUCUAUGACCAGGCGGCCCAGCAGACAAUGGUGGAUGACAAAGAUAUGGCCAGCAAGGCACAGGCCGUGAUGAAGACUUUCCACCAGACGCUCAACUGCUGUGGCUCCAAAACUCUGUCCCAAACCACCAACUUGCACCUGCGAAGCACCACGUGUCCCAACGGCCCGAACUCCUUAGCUGCCAGUUUUUACAAGGAGGAAUGUCACCCCCAGAUUGAUGACCUGUUCUCGGGGAAGCUCUACCUCAUUGGGAUUGCGGCCAUUGUGGUGGCAGUAAUCAUGAUCUUCGAGAUGAUUCUGAGCAUGGUGUUGUGCUGUGGGAUCCGCAACAGCUCCGUGUACUGACAGCUGCUGGGGUUCUGAGGCCUUUGUACUUUAAGGGGUUCACACUGCCGGGCACCCCAGGGCUGACGUCCUGGGAUAAGGGGGUGGCACCUGCGGGCCCUGGGACUGACCGCAGGCUAGGGUCACUGUCUGGACACCCCUCUGAUCCUCCUACCAUCCCAAUCCCUGUGGCUGCCCCCACCUUUAACCCUGCCCGCUGAGAACACUCACUUUUGCCCUGCCUGCUCCCCACAGCCCCUCUCCGCAUUGUAAUCCCACUGUAACCACCUUUCUCUUCAAUAAAGGACCAACUACAUAUAA